AUGGGAAAGGUGGAUAUAUUACAAUUAGUAUCGGCAUGUUUGCAAUUGGCAGAAGAGUCUGGUGACAUUAUAAGGGGGAUAUUCAACUCUGGGUCACUUGGAGUGCAGUACAAGGCCGAGGACGACCCAUUCACUAUCGCAGACGUUAAAUCUCAGCAACACAUUAUUGGCGGUCUACUCAAGUUGUGGAAGGAUUUGAGAAUCGUCGGUGAGGAGAACUGCGACAUUCCACCGGUUGAUGUGACCCCAAAGACUGACCGAUUGGAAGAGUAUCGUGACAAACUACCCAAGGAGUUGGUCGAUGGUAUUGAGGAGAGCGAACUGCUCUUGUUCCUCGACCCAUUAGACGCAACACGCGAGUUUACCAAAGGGCGUGUCGAAUGUGUCAUGACAUUACUUGGUAUCAGCUACCGUGGCAAACCAAUUGCUGGUGUCAUCUACCAACCCUUUAUCAAUGAUAAUAAGGGUCGCUCAGUAUGGGCUGUUGUAGGUAUGCCGGUUGUUGGUCUAUUGGACAAACGUGCACCAGAAGAUCGUGAUAAGGUCAUCCUCGUGACAUCGGCAUCUCACUAUGACGAGCGUGUCGACCGUGCCACGAAAAAGAUCAAUCCCGACAAAGUCAUCCGAACCGGUGGUGCUGGAUUCAAGAUCCUCAUGAUCAUUGAGAAUCUCGCCGACGUCUAUAUCUUCCCAACAGUCGGUAGCAAGCUUUGGGACAUUUGCGCACCACAUGCCGUCCUCUUGGCCGUCGGCGGCACUCUGACCGACCCAUCUGGCAAAGACAUCAUCUACAGCGACCAACCAGAAUUAAUUGAAAACAAGAAUGGUAUCGUCAUCACCAUUGGUAAUCAUCAAAAGUAUAUUCAACUAUUAAAUCAAGAAUAA